AUGAAGUUCAUCCUCGUGGCUGCGCUCACGGGUCUGGCACCUCUGGUGUCAGCUCUGGGGCAGCAAUCCAUUAUUUCGUUCAAGAGCGGCACGAAUACCUUCCAAAUCGCCGGCGGGAACGUCCGGGCUGGUCAGAUUCUUGUGUCUAGCGACGACUACUGGGGUGUUAUUCGCGCUGCUGGCGACCUGGCGUUGGACUUUGGUCGUGUCACUGGCACCAAUUAUACCCUCAGCAACGGCGAGAACGGCGCAACACCUGCUGUUUACAACUUUGAACCAGUUGAUGUUAGCAAUAACACUCUUUACCGUGUGCAAGACCAGCAAUCCUUCUCCGGCCCCAAUUACACCAACCCUGCCCCCGGCAGCACCGUUGUCAUCGCUGGUACCAUUGGACACUCCAAGUUCAUCGACGACCUCGUCAAGGCCCAGAAGCUCAAUGUCAGCGAAGUCGAGGGUGAGUGGGAGGCCUUUGUCAGCCAAUUGGUCGAAGAGCCCAUCCCGGGAUGCUCUCGUGCCCUCGUGAUUGCCGGUAGCGACCCUCGAGGAACCAUCUACGGUAUCUACGACGUGAGCGAACAAAUUGGUGUCAGUCCGUGGUACUUCUGGGCCGACGUCCCCUCGAAGAAGGCUACUGAGAUCUACGUUCUGCCCGAGCGUAAGGUCCAGGGUUCGCCGUCGGUCCAGUACCGCGGGUUCUUCCUCAACGAUGAGCAGCCGGGUUUGUCUAGUUGGGUUUCAACACGAUGGAAUGACACGUGGAACAACGCCGCGCCGUACAACCACCAUUUCUACAGUCUGGUUGGAGAGCUUCUCCUCCGCCUUCGCGCCAACUACCUCUGGCCGACGCUCUGGGGUAACAUCUUCUACGUCGACGACCCGCUUAACCAGCCCCUUCUCGACGCCUACGAGGUCGUUCUUGGCGGUUCUCAUACGGAGCCGCUGAUGCGUGCCCAGAAUGAGUUUAGGACAUACUACAAGGGCCAAUGGGCAUACAACCUCAACAACAAUACGAUUGAUGAGUAUUUCCGAUACGGUGUGCAGCGUGCCAAGCCGUAUGCCCGCAACAGUCUGUGGACCAUGGCCAUGCGCGGCACAGGUGACACGGCGAUUGAGGGUAACCUGGGCAUCGAGGCUAUCGUUACUAUGCUGGAGAAGCUUGUUGACAACCAACGCAAGAUCAUUGCCGAGGGGCUUGAGAUUGAGGACGUUUCUACAGUUCCCUCGCUGUGGUGUCUCUACAAGGAAGUGCAGUCGUACCAGGAGAAAGGCCUGCAUGUUCCCGAGGACAUUACCCUCCUCUGGGCCGAUGACAACUGGGGCAACAUCCGAAGGUUGCCUCUGACCAACGAGACCGACCGCAGCGGAGGAGCCGGUGUUUACUACCACUUUGACUAUGUCGGCGACCCAAGAGAUUACAAGUGGAUCAACACUAUUCAGCUUGAGAAGACGGCAGAGCAGAUGUACCUGGCUUAUGCGCGCCAUGCCCGCCGAAUCUGGAUCGUCAACGUCGGCGACCUGAAGCCCCUGGAAAUCCCCAUCAGCCACUUCUUCGAUCUCGCAUACGACACGGAGAAAUGGGGGCCUGACAACACGCAGGAGUGGCUCAGCUCGUGGGUCGGCCGCGAGUUCGGCACUGAGCACGCCGCAAACAUUACAGAUGUCAUGACCAAGUACGGCAUGUAUGCGGCUCGCAGGAAGUACGAGCUCGUCGAGCCCCAGACGUACUCUGUCAUCAACUACAACGAGGCCGACGCCGUCUUGGAGCAGUGGGCCAUCCUCCACGAACAGGCCCAAGCCGUGUACGAUGCCCUCGACGAGGAGUACCAGCCCGCCUUCUUCGAGAUGAUCCUCCAUCCCGUUCUAGCGGGAGAGAUUCUCCACAAGAUCCAGAUCAACGGAGCCAAGAACCAGCUGUAUGCCGGCCAGAAGCGCAACCUGGCCAACGACAUCAUUGAUGAGUCCCGAGCUUUGCUGGCAGCUGACGCGAACCUUACCAUCAGGUGGAACAACCUCCUGGACGGCAAGUGGCAGCACAUUCUUGACCAGACUCAUCUGGGAUACGAUGGGUACUGGCAACAGCCUAUGAGAAACACGCUUCCAGACAUGCGCUUUGUGCAGACGGCAUUCCCUUCGCUGGGUGGUGAGAUUGGCGUCGGCGUCGAGGGUUCCAACGCCAGCGUCCAGGGAGACGACAAGUGGCACACCAACUCGGCCAACGACCUCGCCACGCCUCCCCUGGACCCGUACGGCGCGCUCACUCGCUACUUUGAGGUCUUUACCCGCGGCACGCAAGGCUGUGAGUGGACGGCCAGCCCGUGGCAGCCCUGGGUGAAGCUGUCGCAGUACAAUGGCACUGUCGGCGGCAACAACGGCACGGACACUCGUGUUCAUGUCUCGAUCGAUUGGGAAAAUGCUCCCAAGGCUCCCAACGCGACGCAGGUGUACAUCAACAUCACCACGCCGUGCCGCGGCCUGGAGAGAUAUGCCGGACCGGGACAGAGGGUCAUCAUCCCCGUGGUCAACCGAGCCGUUCCGUCCAACUUCACCAAGGGCUUCGUCGAGUCUGACGGCCACGUGUCGAUCGAGGGCCCGCAUUACCAGAACAUUGUUCAGCCGAGCAGCAGCAGCAGCAGCAAUUCGUCAUCCAACUCGAGCAAGCUCGAGUACCAUGUCUUUGAGAACUACGGGCGCACGCUCGGAGGCGUCGGCUUGUACCCGGCGGACUCGGAGAAGGUCAAGCUCGGCGAGGGUCCCGCGUUGGAGUACAACAUGUACCUCUUCACCAACAGCAGCAAGGCCAACGUCACUCUGUACAUCUCACCCACGGCCAACUACCUCGGCGACGGUAACCCGCUGGAGUACGGCAUCUCGCUGUUCCCUUCGGGCAGCGACGGGCCGCAGCCCAAGACGGUACAGCCGGUGGGUAAGACUCAGGGGCAGAACAUGCCUGACGGAUGGGGCUACGCGGUGGGCGAUGCCGUCUGGGGUCUGACUGGCAACUACACGACGACGUCGUUCAACGUGACGCAGGAGGGCGCGUACACGCUGCGGAUCUGGGCGCUUCUGCCGAACAUCAUCGUGCAGAAGGUCGUGGUCGACCUAGGCGGCGUGAGGAAGUCGUACCUGGGUCCCCCGGAGAGCUUCUUGUUGGGCCGCGACGAGCAGGGCAAAUACAACCAGACGACAUUCACGAGCAGCCCUGGCGUUGUGGGAGGUCACGGCAACCAGAACGCGACCAGGCUCGAGCAGAAGAACGACAAGGGCGACAAGAGCGCGGGUGCCAAGAUGUGGGCCAACGGCUUCACUACGGGAGUGUUGGCCAUGGUUAUGGGUGUGUUGAUGACCAUGUUCUAA